GCUGCUCAGCAGACCGGACUUAGAUCACCACAAUCAAAUUAGAACGGAGAAAAGAUCUAAUCAGUAAGGACUUUUGCUUUCGUGCAGCUGAUCUCUUGAUGCCUCCAAAUAACUCGCAUGCGAGCGUGAGGAAAUAUCCGUGCGCUUAUUUUAAUCAUGACAUUAAGUUUUUCGUCCUUCUCCAUCAAAGACAUCCUCACAGGACGUGAUGCCCGAGAGAUGCUCGGUACCAGGUUUACAGCAGAGCGCAACAUCUGCACCGGGCACGCUACGAGAGUCAAUCUGUCUCCUGAAGACGCGGAUGACACCCGCAUCCUCCCGGAGAGACUUCCUACUGAUCUCAGGCUGUCUGUUGGAAACCUCCGAUCCGAUACCGACAUCGACGAAGCCGCAGGAAAGGAGACUGGGCUCAGAGGCGCUGCAUACCAGCAGCCACACUCUGUGGAGCGGGAUGAACAGCAGAAAGAGGAGGCAGAGGCAGAGGAGGAGGGAUGCCCCCACAGCGGUGAGACGGUUAGCAGUUCGUCCGAUGAGCAGCGGUGCAGACCCGGAACGAAGAAGCGCUCCAGGGCGGCCUUCUCUCACGCGCAGGUCUACGAGCUCGAGCGCCGGUUCAACGUGCAGCGGUAUCUCUCAGGCCCUGAACGGGCCGAUCUGGCAGAAGCUCUGAAACUCACCGAGACCCAGGUGAAAAUCUGGUUUCAGAACCGGAGAUAUAAAACCAAACGGCGCCAGAUGGCGGCCGAGCUGGUGCCGUACGGCUCCCCAAAGACAGUUGCAGUGAAAGUGCUGGUGAGGGACAAUCUCAAGCAGUACCAGCAGGCGAAUGGAGUACACAUCCCAAUGACGGUGCCGCUGUACCACCAGUACCACCCCUACCUGCACUACUACUGCCCGCCCUGGAGCAUGAGCAGCAUGUCCUGUGGAGGGAUGCUCACAUGACUUGGGACAAAGUGUGUCUCCAAACCCAAGGUGUUGGCAGCUUUUUGUACACUCAAUCUGGUCAUGGUGACUGAGAUUGUACACGUUGUUUUUGUGUUGAAUGUUUCUUUUAUAUUAGAGUUAUUUUGUGUCUUAGAACCUGAACCCAGUUUGACAUGUCGUACAGCGGUUUAGGGUUCAAAACACGCAAAUGCCUCUCACAAUGAGCUACGUUUAGAGAUAUUCUGUAAGUCUUUAAUCAAUAAAAUGAAAUAAUAAUAUUACAAUAUUAGCGGUACGUUAGUCUGCAGUAACGAUUUGUUCGCAUAUUAACACAUCUGCCAAAUUGAUCAGAUUAUUAUUGUGAGAAGAAAAGUUCUACAUUUACGGCCAAUAUUUGA